CCCAACGAAGUGCGCAUGCGCGUUGCAGUUCAAUGCAAAAACUGCAGUUUAUUGCGACUUGAUCCCGGAAAGACUGUCUAAUAUCGCUAUGUUCGAGCUUCAUCUCUGUUCCUGACGAGACCUGCUACAUUUAACGCCAAAACCCAUUUUUUAAGGUGUUUGUGGGACUGUGACUGAGCAUGAUGGGUGCGCUCGGGAACGGUCGACGUGGCGGUCGCUCUCCGUCUUUGCUGGUGGCGGCUCUCAUCGCCUGCAUCCUCCUGCUCGGCUUCAACUACUGGGUCUCGAGCUCAAGAAACAUCGAGCUGCAGGGUAGGAUAUUGGAGAUGGAGAGCCGCAUGAGGCAGCUGGCUGCAGACAGAGACCGAGAGAUGCAGAGCAAGCUGAAGCUCGAUGAGGAGAUGCGCAGACAGAACGAGCAGCUGGAGUUAUUGGCGGAAACACACCAGAGACAUCAGGAAAAUGCUCUCAACACCUGGAAACAAGAAAAAGAGAAUCUGAAGCUCAACAUUUCCUCCAGUGCUAAAACAGUGCAAGACAUGAAGAAUCGAAUGAAGUCAUUAAUGGAGGAUGUUAAUAAAAUGCAGAGCGAGCUGAAAUCCUGUCAAAAUAACAUGGACACAAUCAGUAAGAAAGCCUCCAGUGAAAUGACUCGGUGUAACAAUCAAAUUGAGGCCAUGAAAGAGGAAUGCAAUGCAAAAAUCGCACCUGUCAAACUGGAAAAGCAAAAAACAUCUGAAAAAGUUGCUCCACAGAAUGCUGAUGGUUUCAUGCAGAAAGCCAAAUCUGAUGUUCCUGCUAUAAAUCAUUCAGAUAAGAAUGUGGCAGAACCUCCAAAAGGCAAACCAGAAGUGGAUUCACAGUCUAAAAAGGAUGCUCACAUCCAAACCAAUCAGUUAGUUGUGGAAAAGGAUGAGAAAGGCAAACCAGAUGUGGAUUCACAGCCUAAAAACGAUGCUCACGUCCAGACCAAUGAGUUAUUUGUGGAAAAGAAUGAGAAAGAUGCUGUAAUUUUACAAAACUUGCCCAUCCCCACCUCCAAACCAACCAAUAAGAAUGAGACCCUUAACAAACCAGCCAAGGAAGAAGUUCCAGAAGCAGAGGUGGAUGUUAAAGCACCGGCUUCAGAGGAUGCAGAUACUGUAAUGGAUGAAGCAGGGAUUUUAGACCCAAAGGAAGAUGACAUGGGGAUUGGAGACGAGAAAGAUACCAAAAUUGAGGACAGGAAAGAGGAAGACGCAGCAAUUGGGAAAGAUGAUGCCAUUAUGUACGACAAUGAGGGCGAGAUAGAAAAACAGCUCUCCAGGAUUAAAGAUGAAAAUCAAGGUGUUGGUCAAGAUCUAGAGGAUGAUGUGGCAAAUUAUAACGGUGAUGAUGACAACCAACCGGAGUCUGAGAAUGAGAAGCAAGCAGAGCUUGCUGAGAUGUAGUUCCUGAUCACAUGAUGUGCCUGCUGACAGCUAAAGACUGAAAGCUAGAAUCCCUCAAGCUAAAGACUGUCACAGACUCUCAUUAGUGGCCGUUCUGAACCUCCCAGUGGUGGGAAAGGACACCUGCUGUAAAGACUGAUUGGUGCUGGGUGAAUACUGCACUACUGUGUGAAGUUCAAAUCUCAUACGUCUUACCAGGACAGGCAUGGUGAAAACGUUCUUUUUCUAGUACUGAUUUUAGGUUAAACUUGAAUGUAACUACUGCUCUUCUGACGUUGAGCCUUUAAAUGAAUGCAUCAUGGUGAAUUUUCUCUCUUAAAUGAAAGAUUGUUUUUGAACAAAAGCAACAGCCGCUCUGCUACAAAAGCUACUUUCCCGUGUCUUCAUGGUUUAUGUUCUGUUUUGAUGUCUAAACGUUUUAGCUGCUGAAAAAUGCACAGGAAUAUUGGAUGUUUAGACUGAAAAACACUUAUCACUCAUUUAACAGUGCAAUCCUGUCUUUUAUUUGCUGUAAAAAGUUACUUUUGUUUAUGUAAGAAUUGCAUUUUAAUUUCUUUUUAACAUUUAAUGUUGGGAACUGGAUUUUUUUUUUUUUUUUUAAGAAAAUAUGGGUUUCUUACUGAAUUUCUGAUCUCAAUAAAUAUUUCAGUUGCA